CUGGCCAAGGUGGAGCAGGUUUUUCUUUGUGCACGUAUUGUUUUUCUUAGAUUUCAGUCACUUAACUAGAUCGAAGUCGCGACGACUUGUCCAGCAUUAGCCACAUUACGGACUCAAACAUCAGUCUUCAAGUUCCGCCACACGUUGAAGUUUUGUCGCCUACUUUAGCCAAGCCUAGCUGGCCAACCGCUAACAAAACUGCAAGGCACGUCGUCAAGCGGAAGUAGAAAUCAAGUGGGGAAUAUGUUCGCGAGAACUAUACUGGCUGCAGAAAAGUUCCAGGAGGAACUUUGUGGAGUAAAAGAGGAGCCCCUACGUCACCAAGACUCGACUAUGUGGAAAAUGAUGCAUGCAAAGGUUGUUCUUCGCAGACUCGAAGACCUAGAUGUCAGCCAAGCCCAUUGUCUUGAGCACCAGGAGUCUGCAUGUGUCAAGGGGGAGGAGGAAGAAUCGCCAUGCAUCAAGGAGGAGGAAGAGUCCGUUCACAUUACAGGUUUCAGAAAAUACCUUGGUGCUGAGCCAGAGCCCUUUCAACAGAAGGAGAGAGAAGAGCACCUUCCUAUCAAAAAGGAGGAGGAGGAGCUGCCUUACGUUAAAGGGGAAGAAGGUGUCGCCAGGUCGACUAGUGAGCCCAUGAAGAGUGAACAUGGUCCGAGAGAGGCAGGCAGAGGGGCGGAGCCUCCGAGCGGCAGCAGAAGCAAUACAACAGAAGGAUUGCAAGCAGACAUUUUCAUCGCUCAGUCAGACAGAAAUGGCGCCACGUCACACUCUCCUUAUAAUGAUGAUGGUCAUAAGACAUCUCACGGUGACAACAAACUCUACAAAUCCUCUCGGGCGUAUAUGAGGAGCCACACUGGAGAAAAACCUUUUUCCUGCUCAGUUUGUGGUCAAAGAUUUGCUCAAAAGCAAAAAUUACAAAUGCACGAAAGAACCCACACUGGUGAAAAACCUUUUUCCUGCUCAGUUUGUGGUCAAAGAUUCAGUCACAAGAACAACUUAAAACGACACACAAGAAUCCACACUGGCGAAAAACCUUUUUCCUGCUCAGUUUGUGGUCAAAGAUUUGCUCAAAAGCAUAACUUACAAAGUCACGAAAGAACCCACACUGGAGAAAAAGCUUUUUCCUGCUCAGUUUGCAGUCAAAGAUUCACUCAAAAGCAAACCUUACAAAGUCACGAAAGAACCCACACUGGCGUAAAACCCUUUUUCUGCUCGGUUUGUGAUCAAAAAUUUGCUAGAAAGCAAAACUUACAAACUCACGAAAGAACCCACACUGGCAAAAAACCUUUUUCCUGCUCAGUUUGUGGAAAAUGUUUUAUUCAUGCGGGGGCCUUAAAAAGCCACACAAGAACACACACUGGAGAAAAACCUUUUUCCUGCUCAGUUUGUGGUCAAAGAUUUGCUCAAAAGCAAAACUUACGAAGUCACGAAAGAACCCACACUGGCGAAAAACACUUUUUCUGCUCGGUUUGUGAUAAAAAAUUUGCUAGAAAGCAAAACUUACGAAGUCAUGAAAGAACCCACACUGGCGAAAAACCUUUUUCCUGCUCAGUUUGUGGAAAAAGAUUCACUCAGAAGAGCACCUUAAACACACACACAAGAACCCACACUGGUGAAUAACCUUUUUCCUGCUGGGUUAGUGGAAAAGGUUUUGUUCAAGCGGGAAACUUGUCAAAACACACAAGAACCCACACUGGUGAAAAACCUUUUUCCUGCUCAGUUUGUGGUCGAGGAUUCUCUCAAAAGCAACACUUAAAAAACACGCAAGAACCCACACUGGCGAAAAACCCCUUUCCUACUCAGUUUGUAAUCAAAGAUUUGCUCAAAAGCCGAACUUACGAAGUCACGAAAGAACCCACACUGGCAACAAAACCUUUUUCCUGCUCAGUUUGUGAUCGAAGAUAUGCUCAGAAGCAACAAUUAAAACAACACAGAAGAACCCACACCAGUAAAAAACAUUUUUCCUGCUCAGUUUGUGGUCAAAAAUUCAGUCACAAGAGCAACUUAAAACGACACACAAGAAACCACACUGUGCUCAAUGUGCCAAUAAUACUGCAUUAAAUCGACUUUAAUAUCAGAAAACAUUGUCCAAAGAAUUGAAAUUGUAUCAUCAUAAAAUAAGUGAUUUACACCCCACUUCUUCAAAGUACCUUUAUACAUACUUGAAGAAUACUACAAUCUCUGGUUGGCUGUAAAAUCCUUCAAGUUAAAGCCUGUAUUUGAGGUUCCACCCUUUGAGUGGAGGUCCAAAAGGCGAAGAUCAGAACUUUUGACAUAAGGCUUAAUUUUCAAGUUAGCGGGGGUUUAAUUAGUCAGUGGAGGUGAUUUUAACAAAUUCUGUGCAAAGUUGAGAAUAAUGGACACUGGCAGAUCAUAAGUCCAUCUAACUAACGAACGACAUGUUUUAUUGAAGUUGCUAAGCCUGUCGUGAUAUGCAAUGAGUCCAUUUAUCUUAAGGUAAAUAAAACUGAGGGCGGUAAUUUUCACGGCUGCGGAAUGUCACCGCGUGCGUGCGUGCACACAUUUGUGUGUGCGUGUUGAUGACAUAUAAGACUCCAGUUCUUUUAACAGAUGUUUAUUGGUCAUCAACAUACCAUAGAAUUACAGUUCGGACAUACAAAAUAAGGAAACAUAUCUAUAUUAAACACUCCAAACAUUAGCUUUGCUACAUUUAGACUAAUAGGGAAAAAAGACAACCUUUAGCAACCUACUUUAGCCUGCUACAAAACAUUGGCAGUAUUCUCCAAAACGCAAACCUGCGGUUAAAAGGUGACACUUCAAACAUGAAAAAUCGCUGGUUAACAGCAUUAGUAAACGAAAAAAUGAAAAGGGAAAAAAAAUCUAUUAGUGACACCACAAGCAAUGACGAAACGUGCUUUUUUGCGGACUGUGAAGCUUACAGUUAGCGGUUUAGCGAACGUACUUCCGGUGAACAUUUAAAAAUAAACGUCACGUCAUGUUCGUCAUAUAAAUAACAAUUUCUGGACUUAAUCCCACAUACUUCAGAAUUGAUACCAUAAUAUGUAAAUACUAUAACACUACAGAAUUUAUAUUCUACACUAAGAAUAGCUUUAAAAUAACACCCUUUAUGAAAAAUAUGAUUGGCAAGGAUUAAUUAUAAUCAUAAUACAAUUAUAUAUAUAGUAGUAUAGCUACUAUAAUAAUAAUGCUAGUUUUUUUUUUUUAAGACUUGUUUUGAAUCAUGUUUGAAAGGCGAAGGCAGUGUUCUCAAUCUGUUUACAUUCCAUUCUUUUGCACUACUAAAUGCCAUCAGCAUUUUACCUCAUUGUUUAUGUGUGAUUAACUUUUGUUAUUUACAUGUUUAUUUGUACUUUAAUAAAAUGUUUUUGUUGAAUGAAUGAGUCAACAAAAAUUUCAUUGCUAAAUUAGUUUAAAAAAAAAAAAAAAAAAAUGUAUUAGAUUAGUCGACUAAUCGUAAAAAUUGUCGGCUGACUAACCGGGGGGAAAUGAUUCAUUUGGGACAGCCCUAGUGUACCGGAACAUAAUUCCACCACACCUUUCUCACCUUUUUAACCCCUGACCCAUUUUCAUGCCCGUUAUUAAAUAACUAACAAACCGCACAGAAUUUGUUGGAAUAAACUCCACCGACGAAUUAAACCCCUGGCCAUGAACAGCCGAGUCAAAGCCCAGACCUUAAAUCCACUGAGAUGCUCUAGGGCAGGGGUCCCCAACCUUUUUUGCACCACGGACCGGUGUUAUUUGGGUCUUUUUUUCACGGACCGGUGUUCUGACAAAUUUUGCAACCCAUCAAAAAUUUCAACGAUGCGAUUCUGCGCAUGCGCGUAACGUUAAACAUGGCCGCAAAAUGCGCAAAUACAGCAAUUCCAAAGUAAACACUACAAACCUUCUUGAAAGAAAGGAAUAUGAACUCACGUUUGAUCGUGGACUUGUACAAAAGUUCUCCUCAGAUACAUCCUGCCAUGUAAGCUGCACACAACAACUUCCCACCGCUCUCACCAUUAACGACUUCGCCUUGUCGUUAGAUAUUAAUUAAGAAGCCCGCUUCACAAAGAUACGAUGUUGGAAAUGGUAGCAAGGUUUUCAGUGCUCUUGUAGCGAUGUCAGGAUAUUCCAGAGUGACUUUAAUCCAGAACCUCGGUAGAGUUGUUGUCUCAAAUGUACUUUUAAUAAGGUCACCGUCAUUUGCAAUCUCUACAAGUUGAUCUUCCUGUUGCUUAGACAUGCUCGAAUCACUCGGUUUAUUCACAAAUGGGUCACGAAUUCACUCCUUAGCAGUUCAUGGGUCUUCGAGGUUGUAGGCUCGUUAGGUGCCCUUUUCGCCGUAAAAAUAUCUCCAAAGACGUCUGUUUUCCAGUCAUCUUCGCUCGUGUGGGGGCUAAUUAUUCCCGGGAACAAAUGUGCUGCGCCCGCGGCCUAGCAAUAUGUUAUUCUCGAGGACAAGCGCACAUAGAUGUAUUAUAUACACAAACAAGAUGUACUGCUAGCAGUCCAAUCAAUGGAUUUCUAUGACGACAUUCUAAUCUAUCCCGUAGUAUUAUAUCCAGAGUAGACAGGGAUAUUGGUGUGUUAAGCAGGGGCACAGGGUUAAUUCAGCCAGAAAUGCGGUCGUUAUUAAAUUAUUAUUUCUGUGCGGCCCGGCAGAUGGGGACUCCUGCUCUAGGGUGACUUGAAUCAGGCUAUACAUGCAAGAAACCCUCAAACCUCUCACUGCUGAAAGUAUUGUGCGUUGAGGAGUGGGGCAAAUUUUCUUCAGACCGAUGUUACUUCAGCCAAAGGGGGGUAACACUAGUUAUUAGGUGGUAGGGUGUCCUACCUUUUUCCUAAGAAUAUGCAUUUUUGUUGAUAUAUUUGGUUUAAUGAGUAAAACAAUGUUAAUUUUUGUUGUUUACCUGCAAUUAAAUCACUUUUCCAAAAAUAAAAACAAGAUCAGACAUUGAUAUGUGAACAUUUCUUAAUAAAGAACUGAAUAUUUAAUGGGGUGCCUUAAUUUUUUCACAUGACUGUAUGUCUGAUCAUUAAUCUCUCCAUUUUAUCUGAUAUAUCAUCAUUCAAUAACUUUUUUUAGUAACUUGUUGAGAUAUUACCAGGUAGGUUGGUAAAUGUAAUAAACAAUUACAUAAUUUCAAAGGAUUCAACAGCAUCCGCUGCAAGGUUAGAAUUCCGUGAACAUGAGAGGGUUUGAAGCCAUCUAUAUCGGACAAAAUUAGACGUGCCACUAGGAAUGCAAGCGCAGUAUGGAUCACAUGAUGCACAUACU